UGAAGACACGCAAAAACACGCGCAGUCAUUUCCCCUCUGAAGACCACUCAGCGAUCCCCCCCCCCAGCUCUGCUGCUACUGUACUUGCAAAAUAGUGCGCCCUACCGUCGCUAUUGCGCAUGACUGUACUUCGCAACAUGAAGUAGGCCUCCUGUUUUUCUCCCCAACCCCGGAGUCCUCCUGGCCCCCACCGACUCGAUGCAACGUUCAAGUAAGCAAAACACGGAGGCUGCCGUCGACCACCGGACAAGGACAGGUGUGGCUCACUCGUGAAGAUUUGUCAGUGCCUGGCCGGACCGGAUCUGAAGAUAGUUAGUUAGCAGAUAGUUCUGCCUGCAAAGAGACAUUUCAGAAAGUAGGGUUGAUGACAAUGUUGUUUCCGUGGUCUGUUGUCCUCUCGUGACCCCCAAAUGACCCCAACGGACGUUUUAGAGUCAGCUUUGACCCCAAACCCUUUCUACGACACUUGAGAAAAGAAAUAAACUGACCACGUGCAUAAGCUGCAUUAGGAAAUUAUCCAGUUGCCCAAACAGUCAAUCGUAUUUUCAGUCCACUGAAUUGCAAGAUAGGUAAACCAUACAAAACUCAAACUAAACUAAUUUAAAAAUGUUGUUUUCUGUCUCUUCAGUUGGUCUUCCAAAUGCCUACCUCACGCCUAAAGAGCAAAUCACUGCAGCCACAGCCCUGAUCAGCAGCCACCAUGACAUCAAGCAUAGGGGAUGAUUGUAGCAUCUUUGAUGGGUUGAUGGAAGAAGAUGAAAAGGACAAAGCAAAACGGGUGUCCCGAAACAAGUCGGAGAAGAAACGGAGAGACCAGUUCAAUGUCCUCAUCAAAGAACUCGGCACGAUGUUGCCGGGCAACACCAGGAAGAUGGACAAGUCCACCAUCCUGCAGAAGAGCAUUGACUUCCUGUGCAAACACAAAGAGAUUGCAGCCCAGUCGGAGUCGAGUGAGAUCAGGCAGGACUGGAAGCCUCCGUUUCUUAGCAAUGAGGAGUUCACCCAGCUCAUGCUGGAGGCUCUCGACGGGUUCUUUUUAGCAAUAAUGACUGAUGGCAACAUCCUCUAUGUCUCCGAGAGUGUCACCUCACUACUUGAACACUUACCGACUGACUUGGUGGACCAGAACCUGCUAAACUUCCUGCCACUUGGGGAACACUCUGAGGUGUACAAGGCUCUGUCCACACACCCCACCGACCACGAGAACCUUAGCUCCGACUACCUGAAGACUAAGAACCACAUGGAGUUCUGCUGCCAUAUGCUUCGAGGGACCAUCGACCCCAAAGAACCGCCUGUCUACGAGUAUGUAAAGUUCAUCGGCAACUUCAAAUCCCUCAACAACGUUCCCAACGCCGGGAGGAAUGGUCUAGCUGGGGUGUUACAGCGGUCACUACAGCCUGCGUUUGAUGACCAAGUGUGCUUCGUAGCCACUGUUCGGCUGGCCAAACCUCAGUUUAUCAAGGAAAUGUGUACAGUGGAGGAGCCCAAUGAAGAAUUCACCUCUAGGCACAGUCUAGAAUGGAAGUUCCUCUUCUUAGACCAUAGAGCUCCACCAAUCAUAGGAUACCUGCCUUUUGAGGUCCUGGGAACAUCAGGGUACGACUAUUACCAUGUGGACGACCUGGAGACACUAGCCAAGUGCCACGAACACUUGAUGCAGUACGGCAAAGGGAAGUCUUGUUACUAUCGUUUCCUGACUAAAGGUCAACAGUGGAUCUGGCUUCAGACGCACUACUACAUCACCUAUCACCAGUGGAACUCUCGACCCGAGUUUAUUGUCUGUUCACAUACAGUAGUCAGCUAUGCAGAGGUGAGGGCAGAGCAGCGCCGAGAGCUGGGCAUUGAGGAGUCUAACCCGGAAGUAAAUGCGAAUAAGGGUCACGACUCUGGCUCGGAGUCCCAGCUGAAUACGUCCAGCCUGAAGGAGGCCUUGGAGCGCUUCGACCGCAGCCGGACGCACUCAACAUCCUCCCAGAGUUCUUGCAAGUCCUCAUCGCACGUGUCCGACAACACGUGCACAUCCUCCAAACUACACAUGGACACGGCCACACCUCCUCGGCAGUCCCUGGCCUCCAACAUGGAGAUGACAUCACAGCGUCGCUCAUCCAUCAGCAGCCAGUCUAUGAGCUCUCAGACCACAGGACAGAGUGUGGCUCCAGGUAUGAUCACUCAUCAGCAACAACAGCAACAACAACAACAACAACAGCAGCAGCAACAACAACAACAACAACAGCAGCAACAACAACAACAACAACCACCACCACAACAACAACAGCCCCCACAGCAGCUACAGGCAAACGUACAGCCAGUGAUGGAGUUCUCAGCGCAGGUGAACGCCAUGCAGCACCUGAAGGACCAGCUGGAACAUCGGACGAGACUGAUCCAAGCCAACAUCCAGCGGCAGCAGGACGAGCUGAGACACAUACAGGACCAGCUGCAGAGAGUCCAGGGGCAGGGCAUCCAGAUGUUGCUGCAGCAGCAAGGAGGAGCGAUGAACGUGCAGCUAUCCCAGGUGGGCUCGGUCCAACCCACACCUGCUUUGACCAGUCCGCUCCAGCAAACGGCAAUUAACCCCGUCCAUUCAGGAACUCAGCAGCUCACCAUCCAGCAGCAGGCUCCGCCCCCUCAGCAGAACCUACAGCAGCAGCAGACCAACACUCUCGCACAGCCCCAGCGUCAGCCCCAGCAAGCCCCUCAGCCACAGCCCGCGCCCCAGGGCCCAGUAUCCGCUCCGCUGUACAACACCAUGAUGAUUUCCCAGCCAGGGCAGCCCAACUUGCUGCAGAUCAGCACCAGCCUGCCGCAGACCAACCCGCAGCAAGGCACCGCAGUGGCCACCUUCACGCAGGAUCGACAGAUCCGGUUCCCAGCGGGGCAGCAGCUGGUGACCAAGCUGGUGACGGCGCCGAUGGCCUGUGGAGCAGUCAUGGUGCCCACCUCCAUGUUCAUGGGACAGGUGGUCACUGCAUACAACCCCUUUGGUGGGCAACAGCAGGGAGGUCAAACCCAGACUCUGACAUUGCAACCAGCCCAACCGCCCCAAGGUCAACCGGAUGGCCAAAACCAAACCACUGUAGUGGCUGCGGGUGGCCAGCAGGGGCAGCAGCAGCAACAGCAGUUCCUCCAGGGCACUCAUCUUCUCCAUAGCAACCAGUCUACCCAACUUAUUCUGCAGGCAGCUUUCCCACUCCAACAACAGGGCACAUUCACACAGGCAUCACAGCAGCAGGCACAGCAGCAGCAGCAGCAACAACAACAACAACAACAACAACAACAGCAGCAGCAGCAAAGGCAACAACAACAGCAGCAGCAGCAGCACCACCAGUCUCACCACCAGAGGCACCAGCAGCAGCUGAAACCUCAGCCGCAGAAACAGCAGAAAGCCCCGUCGUCGCACAGGACUGACAGCGUUAGCAGCCAACCACAGUAAGGCCCUGAUUGGUUAGAGACACUGGGACUUUUAAGGAAUUGCUGCGUACGUCUGUUUUUGGUCACCAGGCCGUCACAAACAUUCUUGCCCUCUCCACCCAUAUGCACACAUAUACAUACACAAAACCAUUGCUCUCCCUUCCUCCAUCUGAACGAACGGAAUCAUAGGAAAGAGGAAAGCCUGUGAUUCUACAAGGAACUCGAUUGUCACCGUGGCAACAGGAUGGAUUAAAGUUCUCUUUUUCCUUUAUCAGAGGUUGAGCUGCAAGGGAGCUUCAGUCUCUGUGGAAAAACAAGUAACAACAGACCUUUUUUUGUGUUUUUUCGAAGGUGUGUCAAAGUCUGACCAUGUACAGAUUUACUGUAUGAUACAAAAAAGAAAACUUGUAAAUAUCCAAUAUAGCCCAUAACAGGAAACAGAAAUGUAGUAUUUUAUAUGAUUGCAUGGAAAGAAUAACUGUAAGCUUUUAUUAGUCGCUUUUGAGAAAUGAAUUUUUACUUUGUUCAAGUGUUUUCUGGUCAAAGAUGGAGUGAUAAUUUGCUCUUUCCGUCUCCCCACUCCCACCUUCCAAAAAAAAAAAAACAAUAACAGUCCAGAUAAGGCUUUAAAGUUCUGUCGGUUUGGUUGGGCUGGGGUUUUCUUGUGGAAGUCGUGUUUUAGAACAGUGUGUCUGAGACAAAAAUGGCUCUUUUUAACUUUGUAAAAAAUUUAAAGUUUGGCAAGAAAGCAGAUCACAGUUUAACUGAAUUCUUUGCAGAAUGAUCACUGUACGUAUAACGGGUUUAGUGAUUCCAAGUGCCAAUAACAUAGUUGAUUAUCUUUUUCUUUUGUUUAACUUCAAGCAGACUAUUACAAAGGCGUAUAUAUAUAUUUUCCCACAAGAUAUUACCCCUAUUAAAGUUAACGCGUGUGUAUAUAGUAGGGAUUAUUUUUUAACAGUCAGAGAGCCCUAUAAGUAACAAACAGUAUAUCCUCAACCUCCUGAAACUUUAGCACUUGAUGUGGUUGUGUACAGUAAAUCACUGUCGAGAUCUAGUUGUUUGUAAUCCGUGGUGUGAUUCUGUGAGCUAGCGUGUUUUUGGGAAUACAAUCUUUGUGUGCAUGAGUGUGCAUGAGAGUGUCUGUGGUUGGUGUGUGUGUGUGUGUGUGUGCGCGCGCGCGCGCUUUUCCCUUGUGUCUUACAAUAAUUGACUUAGUAAGGGUUUGAAGUUGCUGGAUGGUACUUGUAUCCUCAGGAAUGUGGAAUGUUUUUUUUGCUUCUGCCUCUGUCUGGAACCGGACCGAGAAGGAUUAGACAGUGAUGCAACGAAGACCGGAGGAAAAGGGGGUGAAGGGGUGGUGACUCAAACCAAAUCUGACCCAGAUAUUUUAGAGCCUUCCUGUCCUUUUGUAAAGCAAGAAAUAUAUAGAAAAGAAUAUUUUUCCAGCUAUUCCCCUAGAUUGGUAUAGUAAGGCUUCAUCAGACCAGCGAACCGGCUCACUGUCUCACGGUCUUUUUGUAUUAUCAGUGUUUUUAAUCCUUCUAUCUCUUCCUAGGCCUCAGAAACCCUCAUGCAGUUCAGUUAUCUUGUCUCUGGUCAAAACCAGGGCUGGGCCCACAUCCAUCUCCAAUGGAGUUGGUGGAAAUGGGCUCAGCUCCUCUACUACAGUCGUAAGCCAUAUCAAACAGAAAAGCCUUGGAAUCGGAGGAAGAGUAAUGAUUGGAGAAGGAGCAUUUAAAAUGUGUUGUUUUGUCUCGAGUGUAGUUAAGACUGCGUGUUUGUGUGGUAAAUAUAUAAAUAUAUAGCCUCUCCUACUAUUUGUAUCUCUCCGGGGGAGGGGGGCAGUAUUGGUGAUUUCCCUGGCGAUAGCCAAUCAGUUCUUGCGUUGCAGUAUAAAGAAAAUAAUACUAUUCAAGAAACUUCCUCUCCGGUAGGGCUCAGUAUUCUGCAAGCCUGUGUGUGGGACAGCUCAACUUGAAUACAUGUUUGUCCGUGUGUGUGUGCGUGUGUGUGCGUGUGUGCGUGUGCGUGUGCGUGUGUGUGUGUGUGAGAGACAGACAGAGAGGGUGUUUGUGUGCAUGAUUACUGUCACUGUAAUAUUUUCAUAUGGAAACAGAUGUGUGACUGAAAAAAGAAAGGAUGUGGGGCAUUGGUCACCCUUCAGGCUCUAAAGGAGACGGGCAGUGCUGUUGUUUUAUGAUGGCAGAAUGCUCAGAAAAGACUUAUCACGACAACUACUACUCAAGCUGUAACAUCUCUGAGAUGCAUUUUUCCGUUAGGUUGGCGAUUUGUGCUUCGAAGUGGGGACACUGCUCUCAUUGACUUUGUCCACAUAUGAGGAAUAAAAGACCGGAUUUACAGAGAGAGUCCUAGAGUCUGAAACCAGAUCUUCCACUUAUCACAUAACAAAUGUAGAUCCUCCAUAGACUAGUUUGUGUUUAAGGCGUUACUCUAAAGGGUAAUGAUGAAAUGUCUAUAGUUUGUGUCACUGAUACCCAGCCCAAAGAAUGUAAAGGUGUUUAAAAGAGACAAAUGGAUGUUGUAACUGUGGCGAACCAUUGACAGGCUUUGUGAUGAAGGAAACAGAGUUGUUGAAAAGAAAAUCUUGUUUUUCACUACAAGGGUCCACACACAAGACGGGAAAUCUUAUCUACAGGUGUUGUUUAGUAAAAGUACCUCUUCAAUGUUUCACCAACUAUGACAUUUUUGUUUAGGGGGACACUAUAGACAUACCCCCCCCCCCCCCCCCCCCCCCCUCCAAACCCUUUCCACACAGAUACACAAAUCACCUCUCCUCUACACAAUCUGGUUGUAGUUCUCAUAUAAUUCUCCUAGUCACAUACACAAAGCGAAAGAACACCAGUAUUCAGUUUAUAGUGGUGCUAUGCUUACCUGUACUGUAUGUAUGUAUUCCCCUUAUUCUGCCCUUGAACUGUGCUC